UGACCAUCUCCGAUUUGCUCAGCAAUGCACGUCUAGACUUAAGAAAAUUUUUAGUGCAUCCAUUUUUAAACUCUGGACAUCAAUAUAUUAAAAAAAGAAUUCAAUAUCAAGAGUCUAGCAAAGACUAAUUGAACAGCAAGCUGCAAAACCCACUUUUUUAAACUAAAUGCAGGCUGGAGGCAGAGCAGGAGAAAAUUUCCAGCAACAGAAGCAUCACAAUCUGAGACAUUGUUUGCGACACGGGUCAGCUACCUGCUCACGGAGCUUCCCACGCAUCGUCUCAUACCUGCAAAUCGCACCGUUCAGCGCCAGCGGAUGCUGUGAAUGACCCAGGAAAGGCAGUUUCAGUGCUGCAGGCUGGAUGAGUGCGGCUAGGGCUCAGCUGAAGUUACCCGAGACAUCAGCAAAAUCCCGUACCCAAAGCGAGAUUUUUGAAGUUUGCCGAGCGAACAUUCGUGAAGGCUGGACAUGGCGGUUCUCUUUCUCUUAGCAGCUUUGCUGCAAGAGCCAGUCUCAAGUACCUUGUACGGAUCCAGGUUUUUGACAGGUGAGGUCGGAGGAUCAGUCACCCAUCAGUGCUUCUACUCCAUCAUGCCAGCCAACAAACACGACCGAAAAUAUUGGUGCAAAUUAGCAGCAAGCGGAGUUUGCUACACCAUCAUUUCUACAACCGGCUACACCUCGAAGAACCACGCGGGGCGAGUGUCUCUCGAGGACAUCCCCCAGCACGGCACCUUCAGAGUGACGAUGACAGAACUGAAGAAGAGCGACACGGGGACCUACCGAUGUGGCAUUGGCACCACCAACAGGGACCUGUACGUCAGCCUGAACCUGACGGUUUCGGCAGAUGCUGGUGCGUUGGGACCAACCGAGCUCAUCCGAGGGGAGCUCCGUGGCUCUGUCACCGUCCUCUGCCCGCCCGGGGACACCCGAGGUGGCGAGAAGAGGUUCUGGUGCAAAGUGGGGAGAACCAGCUGCACUCUCAUAGCCGACACCGAUGGCUACAUGGGAAGGAGUUACCAAGGACGAAUCUUUAUCACUCCUCAGGACAGCUCUGGAGCUUUCAAAAUCUUAAUAAAUGACUUAAAAAAGGAAGACUCGGGGCUGUACAGGUGCGGGACGGGAAGGCUUAGCAGUCAGGACAGCCCACGGGUGGUGGCUCUGCAGGUGACCGCAGCCUCCGCCCUUCCCAAGAGACCAAAAUUUCUGAGCGGCACAGUCGGAGGCUCGCUGUCCGUGAAGUGCCACUAUGAUCCCAAGGGGAACUACGAGCAGAAGUAUCUGUGCCGGUGGAAGGAAGCUCGCUGCUUGCUGCUCGUGGACGCGGACGGGUUUGUGCACGAGUCCUACGAAGGGCGAAUACAAAUAGCCAGCAGCGACCAGGAAAGUGGGACUUACACAGUGGUGAUGAGCCACCUGAGAGAGGAGGAUGCAGGAUGGUACUGGUGUGGGGCCAAAAACGGGCACACAGAGCACACGUCCUCUGUGAAGCUGCUCAUCCAGAAGGAAGCCUCCUCUUCGCAAGACCCAGAAACAUCCACUCUUGUGAAACCCACUUUAUCAUCAAGUCUGACCACCCACAGCACGCCCACGCAGAGGAGCAUCACGGGUCUGACGCAUGCGACGGGCACCACCACCGAGACCACCAGCGCCCUGCUGCCCACUGCCCCCCCCAGCACCUUCGUGACGUCCCCAGGCGAAGUCUAUCGUGAGAGCUCAUCACAUGAAUCACGCCUGCUCCCAGUUGUGUUACCGGCUCUCAUUUUGCUGAUUUGCAUCACUAUCGCUAUUCUUGCCCUGACCAAAAUAAAGCUUCAAAAGGAGACGGGGGAAGAAAGGAACGCCGUAGGAAACCUGGAAGCAGUGCCGAUUCGGGCUGGUCUGAACCCUGUAAAACAGCAAACGAUGGAGGAAACCCCGAGUCCGGGAACACCGCACGAAUGCAGGACAGACUCUGGCAAAUGUGCGUGGGCGUUUUCUGGAACUGGCACUGCAAGUGUCGUCUCCCUUGGUAGAAGAGGAUAAAAGACAAAUUUUUAAGUAGAGGAUUUGCAGCUUAGUACGUAAAAUACUUCUGCGGGAUAGACACUGGGUUUGAAGUCCAGGAAUUAUGAUCCCACAGUCCAGGAUUUAUGUUCUGAUGCCUUUUUACCUUACCAAGAGAUGUUGAGCCAUAGAUUUCAAAAUACUUGGAUUAAAUCCUAUAUGAGGUUUAUAAAUUUAUUAUAGGGUUGAUUAUAAUUUUUGCUUACGCAUAGUAAACACGUUAUCACUCUUCCUGCUUGCUUGUUUCAAUAAAGUCUGAUUGCUUAUGACCCCUUGCAAUAUUACGCAGAAGCAAUUCUUGUUCGCUGUGUUGCAAUCAUAUCAUUCUUUUUUUGUCCUACUUGUGCAGGAUAAUCUAUGCUAUCCUUGGAAGAUUCAGAAUGACCAACUUAUGUGUAAGAGUCUAUGUCUUCCGGCAAAAUAUAAAAAUACUAGGGCUGUCUUGGAGUAUUAGUACUUUAGAGAGAAGCUCUUGUAGAAAACAACUGAGCAAAUAUUUUAAAGUAUAUCCAAUUUGUGGAAAUUCCUAUCAGUGAAAUGUACUCUUCUUCAUUAAAAAAAAUAAAAUCAAACUUAGUGGAAUAGUGGUUCAAAAAACUUGGCGAUGGCAUUUCGUAUUCUCAUUACAAUGCAGUUAGAUCCAAACUCUGAUCGUAUAAGCAGGUGGUAACAUUUGAAAGUCAGAUAGUUACAGAAAAAUAAGCGAUUGUGACAAUUUGCACCCUCCGGAAUGAACUACCGUCUCCAUGCACGCUACUGCGUGUACGCUUGCGUUUCUUUUCCUGUUUGAAACAUCCACUGGCUUGAUCAGAAGCAGAAAGCAGAUCUACAGACAUCACGUUUCUCAAAGCUAUUUAGCGAACACACUGCAGAUUUCAAAAGAAGCCUUCGGGGUGGCUUUAAAACCAAGGCCAUUAAGGCUGAAAUCUAGAAUGUUUUAUGAAGAGUGAUGCAACUUGCUAAAACUAUACGAGUGUUAUUACUGUUUGAGAGGUGUUACUUUACAGAAAAAGAAGCUGUAUGAAGGGUUCUAAUGUAAAGAAUGGAAAGAAAAAGUACCCCUAAAGCCUUGAAAAUAAACAUUCUGUGAAAAACUUCU